GGGGAAUUGGCUGCGGGGAGCGGCCCGGGCGCAGUCUCGGCUGCGGUGACAGGGACUGCACGUACCUGCUGCCAGGACCAAGCGCCACCUGAGGCGGCGGCGACAGAGGAGGAGGAUCUGCCCCGGGCUGCUGGCCGCUUCGGCGUCUCGGUGAGUGCUCCCACCGGCCGGCUGACUGACCUCGGAGCUCUCCCCCACCCACCCGGGGGCCACCCAUGCAGUCACUCCAUGGAUUCCUUUGGAACACCUAAAUCAGAAGAUGACCAGUCAGUAGUCAGCAGAAUGCAAAAGAAAUACUGGAAAACCAAGCAAGUCCUAAUCAAAGCAACAGGAAAAAAAGAAGAUGAGCAUGUGGUAGCCUCUGAUGCAGAGUUGGAUGCCAAACUAGAGGUUUUUCACUCUAUUCAAGAGACGUGUACUGAGCUUCUGAAGAUUAUUGAGAAAUAUCAGCAAAGACUCAAUGCUAUAUCUGAGGAAGAAAAUGAGCUUGGACUCUUUUUAAAGUUUCAAGCAGAACGGGAUGUAACUCAAGCUGGCAAAAUGAUGGAUGCCACUGGCAAGACACUCUGUUCUUCAGCCAACCAAAGAUUAGCCCUAUGUACUCCUUUGUCUCGUCUUGAGCAAGAAGUAGCAACUUUUAGUCAGAGGGCUGUAUCUGAUACCUUGAUGACAAUCAAUCGAAUGGAACAGGCCCGCAUAGAAUACAGAGGGGCUUUGCUGUGGAUGAAAGAUGUAUCCCAAGAGCUAGAUCCAGACACAUCCAAACAAAUGGAAAAAUUCAGAAAAGUGCAGAUCCAAGUGAGAAAUACCAAAACUUCUUUUGACAAGUUAAAGAUGGAUGUUUGCCAAAAGGUGGAUUUACUUGGAGCUAGUCGCUGCAAUUUGUUAUCUCAUUCACUCACUACCUACCAGAGAACACUGCUUGGAUUCUGGGAGAAAACAGCUCGAAUGAUGGCCAGAAUCCAUGAAGAAUUUACAGGUUUCCGUCCAUAUGAUUUUAUUGCACUAAAGCGACUCCAGGAGUCUCCAAGCAAGCUUACUGAAGAACACAAAGAGAACACAGUAGAAAAUAGUUCUCUUACUGCUAAUCUUGACAAGCUGAUUUUGUUGGAUGAGGAAACAAGUGAAAAGGGAAGUGAAGCAGCAACAGAAGCUCACAAAGAAAACCAUUUCCCAGUGAAUGAAUGUGAAGCACCUCUGCUUUCUGGGCCUGAAAGCGCUGCCAAAGAUCUCCUUAUAGAUUCUUUGGAAGGAGAGGACUUUGAGAAGGAAUUCUCAUUUCUGAACAACCUCCUGAGCCCGAGCUCAGGGCUGGCCGCCCCAGACGCUGCCCUGGGAGCAGAGGCUCUGGCCGAGUCGUCCCGCUUCCUCCCUUCACAGCUCUUUGACCUGGACCGCCAUGCUGCGGGGACUUUCAGCAGCUGGACCUCCCUGGGGGAGUCGGGACAUUCUCCUUCUCUCACAGACUCUGACAACCGUCCAGUGCCUUUACAGAGUAAACCAAAGAAAUCGGCGAUUUCCCCAGCAGGCGGGACUAAUCAAGACAUGUCAGCUUGGUUUAGCCUCUUUGCGGACCUGGAUCCCCUCUCGAACCCGGAUGCCAUCGGACACUCGGAUGAUGAACUCCUCAAUGCCUGAGCGAGCGGCCCGAUGCCCAGACGGUCCCGAUGGCGCCGCCAGCCCUGAGGUAGCCGAUCUUGUAACACCCGGCCUUGGCGGGGAGGCCUCGGACCACGAUUCAGACCAUGCGGCGGGGGGGAGGGGGGGGCAUGGCGGAGUGACUUGGAAGGAUGCCCAGGCGGGUAGCGAAGCCUCUGUGGGCCAAGGAGAGCUCUGGGGAGAGGGGAGGGGGCGGGCCUGGCGGUGUCGGGGGGCACAGGAGCUCCCACUGCCACCCCAUGGACCGUUUGUUCUAAAACUAGAUUAAAGGCUUCAUGAACUCAGUCUGAAAGGAUUGCAUAGAAAAGGAGCGCCUGCCCCCCCUCCCAGCUAAGACCCCUCCCCCUGAGAGGCGCCCGUCACAGCCCAAGAUGGUACCUGGGCAGGGCGCCACUUCCCUGCCAGCCGCCCUUGUCCUUUUUUUCCGGCCGCAUUCUUUGAUCCAUUUUUUUAACCCAGCCCUUUCAGGCUCCCAAGCCCGUGUCCUCCCCGCCCUAUGGCCGUGUGCGCCCCCGAGGAAGGCUGAGGCCGAGCCAUCCCAGCGAACUCAGCCAGGUGUUGGACAGGAGUUAGCGGGGCACAGAGGUGCCUGGAGAAUGUCUUGGCAGCCUUCAUGAAAGGCUCCUCCAGGACUCGCCUUCAUUCCGUUCCCACUUCCUGAGUGGGGCGGGGGGGCUACCCCAUCCUGGGAAGCGACCCAGGAUCAGCUCCUGCAGCAACGGUUCAUCUUUGGUGCUCUCCAACUCUGCUGCAGGUGCUCAAAUCGGCGGCUGCGUCAACCCACUUUAAGGCAUGUUCCAUGUGAGCAUCACACAGUUGCAUUUUCUCUUCCAUGUAGUCUUCCUCCCACACACACCCAGGAAAACUCUAGUCCCCUCGGAGCGAGGAGCACCGGCCACCUCCCAUGGCCAAGAAGGCAGGAAAGACCCAAAGAAAAAGCACGGCGUCAACUUCUUGGGAAACUUCCUUCUGUACUUAAAGCGAAGGGAGACGCUUUCUUCCUGGCUAUUUCUAAGACAGGCACGUGGAAGGCCGGCCAGCACUUAGUGACUCCCAAGUAGAUGACAAUGAAAUGUGAGAAAUACUCAUGCUAUGAGGUGAAGCCGACGAAACGGGACCUGCCCAGCCAGCGGGGAGACCCGCUUUAAAAACCUCGCUCCGGACCCUCGAUUCACCGAGGAAGUUCAGUGUAACCUUUAAAGUUUUCUGAGGAAAAAAACACCACUUUUAUAUGGAUCGAUUGGGGGGAAACAACCAAAAAACCAUUCCUCCACGUUUCUCUUCCAGAGAAUGGAUUUGUGGGAUAAACAAGCCCAAUGAGCAGAGAGGCCGCACGCAAACCCACGAAGGGGGUGAGGGCGAUCGACGUCUGAGCAUCAGGAUUCAUGUGACUUUGUACUUUCUGAAAUCUUUCUAGAAUUUUAGUUAUGAAAUAAUUUUGGGAAGUGAACCUCUAGCGGCACAUCCCAGCGUGCGCAUCAGCAGCUGAUUCUGCAGUCCUCAGGCCCCGCGUGUGCCGAGGCAGAAGAUGGCGCUCUGGAAGGGGUGACAGACAGGACAAAUGACGGAUAAUGAAAAUAAAAAUGGGGCUGUUGGUACUCUGCUUGUACGACUGAUUCUUUCAUGUCUCAGUGGAAGGUGUGCCUCAAGAAUGGGAAAUGAGGCUGCUUCACCGUGACUUGCUUUCCAAUGAUCAUCCACGAGUCUGUUUCCAAUCUUGAUAACACUGGAUAAUCAAACAUCAUGUGUUUUGGGGAAGCCCUAAAGGGACACCAUCUGGAAAAAGAUGUUGAGGAGUGUGCAAAGCCAGGGCUUUCUCAGGGGCAACCUGGCCUGAUUUACAGGUACUCUGCCAGGUUCUACUUACUGCCAGCUUAGAAGAAGCCUCCCUACAGGUGGCCGACUUACAUUUCCUCUGUGGGGGGAAAUCUAUCGAUCAGCUUUAGAACAUCGAAGAAAUAAAACUGCAAGGAAGUUCGUGAACUUUACAGGCAUUAAGAGUUCAAAAGCCUGGGAAAAGGCAGUUUUUAAUAAGACAGUUUGGGGAUUAAAGUGGUAAAUGGACUGGGUAAGGCAGAGCCAGAAUUAAACUCUUCACUGAGAAGAGACAAAGGACAAACAGAACAGACACCAACUUGUCUCUGAGGACAGCCUAAGGUCCCUUUCCUCUAACUAAAGAUGUAAACAGGAUAGCCAAAGGGCAAAUAACUGGGAAGCCCUAGCAGGCAGUGACUAAGCCAACAUUCUGAAAAAUAGGUAAAUUUAUCUUCUCCAAACUGAAAUUGGCUCAUGAAGGAAUUAAUGUGAUUAAACAAGGAAUAUUUUCAUAAAAUCUUUUUUCUCUAAAGAAAAACCGGGCUUAAAAAAAUGUAUCAGAAUCCUGAUAGCAUGUUUGGAGAUAUUCUCAAAGUCAAAGAAAGCUCUUCUGUAAAAUAUCUAUAAGAACAGUGACUUUUUCAUUUCAAAUAUAAAAUUCCCAGAACUGAUCUAUGUAUUUUAGGCCAUCAGUCAUGUGUCUCUUCCCCCCCAAAUUAUUUUACUUUCUGUCUCUAGAUCUUCCCUAACCAUCAAAGUCAGCCUAAUCAAAGGAAAGGGAGAAGCAAACAGGGCAGGGUGUGUGCCACCUGGCACUUUCCAUCCAAUAGAUAACACUAAAUAAAAAAAUUUAUGUCUAAGAUGUGGUCCUGAGAAAAUUCUUAUUCUUGAAUUUCAACAAACUUUUAAAUAAAUACAUUUUACAACCUGAAAUGUUUUCAGCAGAGAACCUUUUCCAUUAAACUAAAAACUAAAAGCAUUUAGGGGAAAAGAGGAAUUAACAAUGACCCCUUCUUAUUUGUACAGCACUUGAGUUUUAAAAGCAUUUAAAAUUAUUUCAUUUUGACAUUUUUUGACUGCAUGAGGUUUAAGAUUUUUAAGAUUUCAGACCUACCAUUUUGCCCCACCCAAAUCCAAUCCUCUUCACAAAACUCAAGUCAUCUUCACAAGCUGCAGCACAUCAGCAAUAUUCUGUACCCUAGAUGAGAUGCAAACUGCAUACUUACCUUUACAAGGGUUACGGAAUAAAAAAAAUCAAU